AGCUACGAGAGUAGCCAGAUGUAUCUUUGAUAUAUCUAUCCACCUUCACCCCUAACAUACGCUUAUAACCCGGAAGAGGAACCCCGGCCGCUCGCCAAAAUGCCUUCCUUCAACCUCGAAUACCCGACGCAGCCUUACAGCAAGGUAAACCGGCAUAACGAUCGAGCCUCGUACGCGCUCGAGACCAUCCACGAGAUCGUCAACACGUGCCCGAUCCUGCACGUCUCGUUCGCGGACCCGGGGGCGGCCUUCCCGGCGGUGCUGCCGAUGAUCGGGCAGAUGGGCUCGUUCGAGCGGCCGAGCGCCGACGUCGGCGACGUCCUCGACCUGUAUCUGCACGGGCACGUGGGGGUGCGGCUGGCGAGCCGGGCGCGCGCCGACGCCGACGGCGGCGGCCUGCCCGUGUGCGUCGCCGCCACCCACCUCGACGGCCUCGUGCUCGCCCUCACCCCCUUCUCCUCCAGCUACAACUACCGCUCCGCCGUGCUCUUCGGCCGCGCCGUCGUCGUCGCCGACCCCGCCGAGCAGCGCUACGCCCUCGAGCUCAUCACCGACUCGGUCGUCCCCGGGCGCUACCGCGGCACCACGCGCUCCGCGCCCGCGCCCGCGGCCGACCCCGCCGACGCCGUCGCCACCCCCGCCGAGAUCCGUGCCACCGCUGUCCUGCGCGUCCGCAUUACCGCCGGCUCCGCCAAGGGCCGCGCCGGCCCCCCCGCCGACACCCGCGCCGACCUCGCCGACCUCGCCCUGCGCCGCGGCACUUGGGCCGGCGUCGUGCCCGUCCGCUACGAGCUCGCCGCCCCCGUCCCCGCCCCCUACAACCAGGCCCCCGCCGUCCCCGCCUACCUCGAUGAGUACCGCGCCGAGUUCAACCGCGCGGCGGCCGAGGGCGCCGCUGCCGCUGCGAGGGAGGGUGAGGGGUGGGCGUACGGGAAGGGCGCUGGACAAGAGGAGGAGGAGGAGUGAGGAGUCGAGGCGGCAUCGGGGCAAGGGUGGGCAAGGAGAUGGCGGGUGCUCGGUUUAUAGUGGUGUUCGCUGGCGCCCGGUGCGGAGGCCGGAGUGGGAUGCCGGGGGAUGAGGGACGUGAGAUGCCGGUUCGAGUGCCGACGAAGUUAGUGAGACUGCAGUGGAUCUGUAGCUAAGUAAGAAAGAAAAGGAUCAGUUUUCUGGGAGACGGGGGAGUGUGUUCAGUUAGUUUAAACCUGCGCUGAGACAGUCAAGACAACGAAAAAUUUGUGAACGCUAGGUAGAUCUGAAAGUAGUAU